GCAGUAAGAAAGGUGAUCAAUCUUCAUCAGGCUACAUUUCCAAUCACCUAAACAACUGAGCAAGACAAGCCACUCCGACAAGGUUGGCUGCCCCGCGGGUCUCGCUGCCUCGGCGCGAGGUAGAUGGUGAGCGGCCCCCGGGCUGCGGGCAGGCCAAACCCCAGACACAACAGCUUGAAGAACUUUGCUGUGGGAGCUCCGAACUGCUCCUAGCCCCAGGCCCCCUGGAUUCGUCGGGGCACCUCCACCCGGCUGUUAGCAUGAUGUCUUACCUCAAACAACCCCCCUAUGGCAUGAAUGGCCUGGGCCUAGCCGGGCCAGCCAUGGACCUCCUUCACCCCUCGGUGGGCUACCCCGCCACCCCGCGGAAGCAGCGGCGGGAGCGCACCACCUUCACGCGCUCGCAGCUGGACGUGCUCGAGGCGCUUUUCGCCAAGACUCGCUACCCGGACAUCUUCAUGCGCGAGGAGGUGGCGCUCAAGAUCAACCUGCCGGAGUCCAGAGUCCAGGUCUGGUUCAAGAACCGCCGCGCCAAGUGCCGCCAGCAGCAGCAGAGCGGGAACGGGACGAAGAGCCGGCCGGUGAAGAAGAAGUCGUCUCCGGUGCGCGAGAGCUCCAGCUCCGAGAGCAGCGGUCAGUUCACGCCGCCCGCCGUGUCCAGCUCGGCCUCUUCGUCGAGCUCGGCGUCCAGCGCCUCCGCCAACCCCGCGGCGGCUGCGGGCCUGGGCGGGAAUCCGGCCGUGGCCGCCGCGUCCGCCCUGAGCACCCCUGCCGCCUCGUCCAUCUGGAGCCCGGCCUCCAUCUCCCCCGGAUCAGCGCCGGCCUCCGUGUCCAUGCCCGAGCCGCUGGCCGCGCCGACCAACGCUUCGUGCAUGCAGCGCUCCGUGGCCGCAGGGGCCGCCACCGCCGCUUCGUACCCCAUGUCCUACGGCCAGGGCGGCAGCUACGGCCAAGGAUACCCUGCGCCCUCCUCCUCCUACUUCGGCGGCGUGGACUGCAGCACGUAUUUGGCACCCAUGCAUUCGCAUCACCACCCUCACCAGCUCAGCCCCAUUGCGCCCUCCUCCAUGGCGGGCCACCACCAUCACCCGCACACGCACCAUCCGCUGAGCCAGUCUUCGGGCCACCACCACCACCACCACCAUCACCACCACCAAGGGUACGGUGGCUCUGGCCUGGCCUUCAAUUCGGCCGACUGCUUGGAUUAUAAGGAGCCCGGCCCUGCCGCCGCUUCCUCUGCCUGGAAACUGAACUUCAACUCCCCCGACUGUCUGGACUACAAGGACCAAACCUCUUGGCGGUUCCAGGUCUUGUGAGCCCAGAAGUCAGAAGAGGAGUAGAAAACGCCAACUACCUUGCGCCCCUCCUUUGGUCCCCAUCCUGUUGCUGCUGCUGCUGCUGCGCCACCCGCCUUUGCUUCGGCUUCUCCAAAACUGAAAUUUUCACUCCCCAAAAGACGCCCAUUGCCUGCCCGGCUGCUCCCAUCCUUGUGGCAUUUGCUUGGGGUGGGGAGGGGCCUGGGCAAACUCUCCCCUUGCCUGGAUGGAGGGCCGGCCGGGCUUUGCCACAGGUUUCCUACAGGGUAGUGUACGCUCUUCCCCUCGGCCCUGAACCCAACUCCUUAAGUCACCUCUCCCAGUCUUUCUGGACAGCUGUUACGCACCUGGAGCCUUCGGAGGCUCGUCGCUCUGACCCUCUCUGUUUGAGCUCACCACUUUUAUUUAUUCUUUAUGGACACCGGCGUCACUGACUGAAGGGUGUCUGCCCUUUAGAGUGUGCCCACACACUAUUCUAAGUCAAAACAACCAGUUUCUUCCAGCAGACUGUCGCCUCUUCUCUCGUCCUCAAUCAAGCCACCAUCUGCAGGCCAGAGCCAGAGCUCCCAGCCUCUCCAGAGGUGGCGCUGGGUCAGGCCAGCAGAAGGGAGUGUACCCCAGCCUCUCUUGCUUGUCCCCUGCCCUGUGCUGGUUCCAGCUUCCGCCCUGGCGGGAAUGCUGUACAUAGUUGGUCCGUUCCAGGGACCAGUUAAAACUUUUUAGUUGCUGUCGGUUGAACUGAGCAUAUCUUGUCUUAGCGUCCAAGAUACAGAAUUUUAAGAUAUAUACACAUGCAUAUAUAUACACACACACACAUAUAUAUAUAUAACAAAAGCAAAAAAUCUUUUCCCUUUGUUCUGCCUCUCGUUCUCAAAUGAUGGCUCUUUUUAUUUUUCAGUUGUUAUAAAGCUGUCCUGCCCUCUUCACCUCUUCUCCCUCUGUAUUUAUUAGAGAAAACAGAUUGGUUCCAGGAAGCUGGGCGCGGACGAUCAGGAAACAGCUAAGUCACGGUAUCUGGGUGGGGGCUUGCCUGGGUAGGGGGGGGUGCAGGAAUGAGGUCUAAGCAUAGCGUCUAAAUUCUGGCUUACAGACCCCCCCCAACAAACAAAAUACAACAAAAGAGGUGAAAUUACAGCAUUAUGGAAAACAAAUCCAGUCCCCAAGUCCCAGUUCCAAUUCCUCUAUUGGCUUCUCAGUUUAAAACUUCCCCGUUUUGUCUAGUGAGUUUUUAGUGAACCUUCAAUUCUCCAAAAUCUAUGGAGAACACCUGGUGUAUCCAUUUUGGUUUUGGCCACUUGGUCCAGUAGGUGGGAAAGUAACUUGUAAAUUUGAUUUGUCCGGUUGUGAAGAUCACAAAUUACUUGUUGAAAUGUAAGGCAGUCCUUCUCCUCUUCCUCCUUAUCGACAUUAUUUCCCGAAAAUAAAAGCAAAUUAUG